UCAAAGGUGAGGGUACGGUGCAGGUGUUGACAGAGCCAAGGGAUCAAGCAAGUGGAAUUUUCAGUCCGAAUAUUGACUAUGGACGCCCUUUCUCUGGACCAAAUGUUGCCAGAGUACCAACAAAGAAGAGAGGAGUUUGUGCAAGAAGUUUCAAAUCUUCAUACUGACAAUACACCAUCAAUUUCUCCAAGUGCAGAUGGCUCAUUUAUCAAUGACCUUAGCAACGAUACUACAGUACCAGUAUCUGACUUAGAGGCUGAGCCUGGCCCUGGAAUAGCUAGCAGGGCCGAGAACAAUCCACCGGCAAGUAUGGACUCCACCUCAUCCACUUCGAGCAGUACGGAUUUCAACAGGCAGUCAGCAAGUAUUGGAAGCACCUCACUCUAUCAGCCCGGUUACACUGCACCUAGUAUAACCUACGAGAGAGACAAUGAAAGCCAAAAACUUAUUGCUGUUAUAGGACGAGAGUUUGAUUGUCCCCAUGAUGUAUCUAUGGCCCUUCAAAAACUAACUUCAAAGCAAUCGAACACUGACGUGCCUGUGGCAAAAUUCGUCCCCUUUACUCUGAAGAGAAAGAUGUUAUUGAGAGGCAGUUUUGAUAACCGAGAGCUGAAGAAACAUGACCUCAUCUGUAUGUGCUACAAUGCAUCAGAGGCCAGACUGCUACUGACCGGAGUGGACGGAUUCUACUCUUCCCUCCUGAAAUACGUGGAGGCUUAUCUAGGCCCCAACAAAGUUGCUUUUCUCAUCUCUAACUACUCAAUCCCCCACAACAGAAGUGAACCAGAUGCUAGCCCUCUCAUAUUCCACAGUUUAAGAACGCGACUCUACAAUCAGGAGCCACUCAGACAAUAUCUGGACGAGGAUCAUGUGAUGUCAUGGAGUGAUGCGCCCAAUGAAAUGCAAGCCAAGAGACUUGUUGAAGUGGCUAGUUUGGACUGUAACCCGCAGAGCGUAUUGGGAACUGCUUCAUGUUGUUUGUUGUAAAUAACUGUUGGCCAUAAUUGCUGAUCAUGUACACACGUCUUUGACUAAACAACCAUGAUGAACAAAAUAA